UAUUUAUGGUACAAAAAUGUUAUUCUGUAUCAUACAAUUUCGUAGAAUUUUAUGUAGUCUAUGUUCUAUUGAUUCUGUUUUAUAUAUGUAGCUUCAACCGCUCUAACCGCGCAAUAUUGGGGAUUUUGCAAUACAUGCAUAAAUUACCCUCUCAUGAACCUAAUUUAUUUACAUAAGAUAACGCUAAAUAUAUCUAAAUUACGCAUACAUCCAGGUGCAAAUGAAGCUAGAUAGCACACAAGCCACUAUGAAUUGGUUUUGAGCGAAAUCAGAGGAAUAGAGAAAAUCAAAAAUACCAAUGAAUGUCUUCAGAAUUAUUAUCUCUGAUUAUAGAAUAGUGCUAAUUGUCACGUAUUGAAACCAAUCAAUAUCUUAAAUCACAGUGCUUCAUUUCCCAAUUCGUGCUGAAAGUAACGUUUGCUGAUUUUCACUUAAAUCGAUUGUUUCUUCUCCUCUAUUAGUUUAUAUAAAAAAAUGUGGCUUGUGACAAAGCUUCACUUCUGGAAAUUUUGUGAAUCAAGACAAUCAUAAGGAAAAUGACUCAAAAAUACACCCGUGAAGAAAUUUCCCAGCAAAACGGAAGGGAUGGGAAAGACUGUUGGCUGAUCAUAAAGAACUCAGUGUACAAUGUGACGAAUUAUCUUCAGGAUCAUCCGGGCGGCGAUGAUCUCAUCUUGGAGUGGGCUGGAAAGGAUGGAACGAAGGCGUUUAACGACUUUGGCCAUUCAACGGACGCUUUGAGAGAUCUGAAGAUGCUGAAAAUAGGAGAAGUGGUAGACGAGAAGAUCCUAGUUAAGCAAUCCAAGAACGCCGCAGAAAAUAUUAGACCUGAAAUGAUGAAAAAGAAGUCUUCUCGUGAAUGCUGCUUUAUUUGUUAGUAUAAAUUAAUAAAUGUCUUUUUGUUUGAACUUCUUCAUCGUAACCAUCAUAA